AUGUCGCCGCCAGGCCAUAAGCAGUCGACACGCGGCCGCGUCCGCCAGGUCCUGCCUAAGCUAUACCUCGGAAAGUGGCCUACGGGACCCCUAAACUCCAUCACCGACGUGCCGGGCGUCCUGGCACACACCCAGUCGGUGCAGCCUGAUGGCGACAGCCAAGUCAACACGGGCGUCACCACUAUCCUGCCGAGAAAGGAUUGGUUCAAGUACUCGAGCUUCGCCGGCGUCUUCCGCUUCAACGGCUGCGGCGAGAUGACGGGCGCCCACUGGAUCAACGAGACGGGCGUCCUCUGCUCGCCCAUUAUCAUCACCGCCACCUCGUCCGUAGGCGAGGGCUACCGCGGCGUCACCGAGUACUUUUACGACCAUCAUCGCAAUCAGGACGGCGACGUCGACCUCUUCAUGUUCCCCCUCGUCGCCGAGACCUACGAUGGCUUCCUCAGCGACCCGGGUCGCUUUGCCAUCACCCCCCAGCACGUCAUGGAAGGUAUCGACAAGGCCUCGGCCGACGCCGUGCCCGAGGGCAACACCGGCGGCGGCACCGGCAUGAUCUGCCACCGCUGGAAGGGAGGUACUGGCUCCAGCAGCCGCAGGAUCCAGGGCUACGAUGUAGAUGGCAGAGAGGUCACUUACACCAUCGGCGCCCUCGUCCAGGCCAACUACGGAACCAAGGACAACCUCCGCGUCGGCGGCAUCCCCGUCGGACAGAUCCUCGAGCAACAGCAAGGCCCCGAGGCCAACGGCACGGCCCGAGAGCCUCGCAAAGACGGCAGCAUCAUCAUCGUCCUCGCCACCGACGCGCCCCUCCUGCCCAUCCAGCUCCAGAGACUGGCCACGCGAGCGACGGUCGGCUUGGCCAAGGUGGGAGGCUACGGGCACAACAACUCGGGCGACAUCUUCCUCGCCUUCUCCACGGGCAACAAGGUGCCCUUCCAGAUCAUGUCGCCGGCCACGCCCGGGUCCAACGUCAACCCCGACUAUCCCCAGGCCCGGGCCGUGCAGAUGACCGACAACGACACCAUCAACCGCCUGUUCGAGGCCUCGGCUGAUGCUGUGGAGGAAUCCAUCUACAAUGCCAUGUUCAUGGCCGAGACCAUGACGGGCUUCAAGGGCAGGACUGUCGAGGCGCUGGAUCUGGACAAAGUCAAGGAGAUUGUCGAGAAGCGGCUGUGA